GAACGAAACCCGCUUUUCCACAAUGGCGUCGACUAGAGAUGUCAGAUGGCUGCUUUUGGUUGCAAAAGACACGGGUUCAAAACCCGCUGCUCACCUAAUUUUCUUCCGGAGUACGGAAAAAGAAGAAAGGUGGGUGGGCCAAGAAACGAUGCACUGUCUAUCGAACUCGGAACUUCUGGCAAUGCGUGGCGGAAGUGGUGCACCCGCACACACGCACAGAAAUUUGUUGGGAAAAAGGUGGUUCUACUCGCCGCCAGCCGGUCGGGUUCCGGUGACCCCAAGAAGACUUCUCUUGCCUAGCAAACAAGAAGAAGCCUCGAAAAAGGGGCGGGCCUACAGAGGGGCCCUGGGUGAGCUGCGCGAAGACAUGCAGGCGUCCCCAUUCGCCGCGUGGACUCUCGAGCAGUUACAGGAGUUUCUUGUUGAUAACAACGUGGAGGUCCGUGGGUCGUCUUUGCUCAACCGGUCCGCUUUUGUCGGGAUACUGGAAAGGAUGUUCAAGGGGUGUACCGAGGCCCCCACACCGCCACCGCUGCUAACGGAGGACAUCAAGAGACGGAGAGAGGUGGCAGCACUGGCUCUCAACCCAGUUCCAGACGGCCACGUCAAAUCGAACCCCUUGCAUUCCCCAAGGGGGGUCAUGAACGCGGCAGCUCGCGGUCGCAUCUCCGAAGACACGCCGUGGGAGCCACCGUCCAUGGAGGAGGCCAAGAAUUUCGAGGACGAGCUGCACCUCAGGCACCCCGGGGGGGGAAAGUUCGACGCCCGGAAAGCUGCGAUGGGGCGGUAUUGCUUUCUUGGGGGUUGCGGGGAGCAGCUGGACCUCUGGGAUGAGGGCAAAAUGAGCCAGUUCGCGCCCUUCGGGGCGGGCGUGACGUCGUACUUCAAGCUGCUCAAGUUCUUCUCGUGGUCGUUCCUGGUGGUGUCCUUGUGCGUCCUGCCGCACCUUUCUAUCAACACCAACGGAGACGCCAUAACGACCUUCACGACCAACACGGACAGGAUGUCGCGGACGACGGUGGGAAACAUCGGCGGGGGUUACAACUCUUCAAACAUGGCCGUGUUGCCGUUUUGCGACGUGGAGCAGUACAGUACAUGCCUCAUCGAGCUCGACACCCUGGGCUUGUACUACGGGUGCAUCGACGCCCUGAUCACCAUGUUCUUCCUCGUGGGAUAUUUUUGGGUGAAUUCCUUCAUCAGGGAUGAGUUCGAGUCGAUCAAGAAGACCACAGUCACAGCCGGAGACUUUACGGUCAAGGUAUUGGGUGUGCCCCCAGACAUCACGGAGGAAGAGAUCUCGGAGCACUUCAGCAACCUGCUUGAUAGGAAAGUUGUUGAGGUGGCCAUUGCCCGGGACAACCGGAAAGGCAUCGAGCUCUACUCUAAGUCCGGCAAGCUUUACCACGAGCGUGCCGCCACACGCGACUUGAUCCGCUACAUCAAGACCAAGGCCCAUGCACGCGAAGACCGGGCUCACAAGAUGGAGGAAGCUCGAUCUGCAAUCUCGCCUCGUAUCGAGACGAACGCGUGCACGUACACGAAACUGUUCCUGUUACCGCAGAUCCGCCAGCUCCAGGAGAAGCGUUCUAAAGCUAGCCGGAAAAUCAUACACUUCGCGGCGGAGGCCAAGAUGGCCGUCAUGAUGACCAACAAGGCAGUGGCUGCCUAUGUGACCUUCGACGAUGAGAUGGCGGCUGUAGAAGCUAGGGUUGCCUACAGUGGCAGCUGGGUCACGCGACUGUGCGUCAAAGCGAAGAUGAAGCUUAAAGGCAAGCGCAUCAGCGUUGAGGGGGCGCCCGAGCCGUCGACGAUCUUGUGGGAGAACUACGGUUACCGGAGGUGCGAGCUGUGGACGCGGCGCACAGCGACCUUGCUCAUUGGGACGAGCUUUAUCACUUUGUCCGUCGGCAUGUCUAUCUACGCCCUCUACCAGAACCAGCAGGCCGAGAGCGAGGGGGGCACCGCGGAGUGUCCCAAUGGUUGGGAUGCACUGUCUAGGUGGGAACAAGAAGAUGCGGUUGCGGAGGACGAAACUAUCUUGCACUGCCUCUGCGACGGUGGUGAUGGUUCGGCAUGGACGCUCAGCCCCAAUGACGUCUGCUACGAGUACGCCUGGGCGAAGGUCCAGGCAACCUGGCUUGUUCUGGGGACGUCGUUCAUGGUCGCCUUCACCAAUGCCGCGAUCAACAAAAUUACCAGGAUGAUGGGGGCCUUCGAGAAGCACCUGAGCGUGGACAAGCAAGAGGUGGCUGUCUACAGACGGCUGGUGCUGCUCAAAUUUGUCAACAUCGGCCUGACUGUCCUGGUCACCAACAGCCGCAGGGUCAUCGAUGUCUUAGGAGUUAACCUCGAAUACGAAGAAGAUUUCACGUCCGAAUGGUACCGCACGCUGGGAAGCAGCCUCGUGAUGAACGUCCUCCUGAACGCGGUUACCCCUCACCUGUACUGGUUGGUUAUGUGGGGCAUCAAAUCGUGGAAGUGGAAACACCACCGAGGCAGGGCUAUUAGUCAGGAGGCCCUCAACAACCUCACCAAGGGUCUUCGCUGGGAGGUCUCAGUGCGGUAUGCCGAGAUCACGGUGAUUUUCGCCGUGUGCCUGGCCUACUCUGCGGGCAUCCCCAUCCUGCUGCCCAUCGGGACGCUUUCUUUCGUGCUCUUCUUCUGGGUGGAGAAGGCGCUUUUCGUUAACUUCUACGUCACACCCCCACAGUACUCCGGCAAGCUUACCAAUGAGGUUGUAAGCCUGAUUCCAUACUGCCUGUGGAUACACGUGGUGUUCGCCUUCUACAUGUACGGCAACGGGACCAUCUUCCCAACGGAGACGGAUGCGUCAGACACCUUCAACAUUAUUGACAAGCUAGAAGUAAAGGCAGUACAGCCACUGCUGGUCCCGUUCUGCAUCCUGACUGCUCUCAUCUUCGAGCACUGGCUGGGGAAUACCGUCCUUAACUUCUGCGGCAGGGUUGCGGCGAUCUUGACGUGCAAAGGCAAACUGGCAUCCAAAAAGGUGCAGUUGACAUUGAUCCACAAGAAGGAAAAUGCACUACCAACCAAGAGGGUACGACAAGCGGUUGAAACACAGCGAAGAGUGGUGCGGGGCAUCAUGCGCGGCCUGCCUAGCUACAACAUUCUCCUCAACCCCAAAUACAAGGAGAGCUUCGGACUGAGCGACAGUUUUGCCUGCCAGCACAAGCGGGUUGGCUCGGUGUUUAGGAUGCUCAACGAGCACCCAUCCAUUUUGGUCAUGAAAGAGGCGAUCCACGACCAACACAUGGAGAAGAAGGCCAAGAAGUACGGGUCCCAGAAACGCCCCAAGAGCCCGGCGGCAGCCUCUCACGCCUCGUCCGAGCACGUCCCGGACUCAGCCACCAACACCUACGUCAGCAACCAACCCUACCCCCCAUGGGGCGCCUCUGUGCAAACCCCGAGUACCAUCACCAGUCAACUCGGGCACAGCGGCAUCAAAACCGACAGCAGCAAUCGGACCUUGAGACAUGGCCAACGCAGCUAG